AUGAUUGCAGAUGAGAAGCUCGCUGGACUUAUCGUGUUUCCUAUUGCUCUCAUUGGAGUUUUUGCCAACUGGACUGUUGCCCUCUUGAUUCGACGAUUGCCAUCUCUGAAGAAUUCUUUCGGAAGGUUGACAGCUUCUCAAUCUAUUGGAGAUGCUAUUCACUCAACUGUUUUUUCUUUUUUGUUUUCUCCAAUGUGCUUUUUCGGAAUUGACUUCAUGAAAGAGUAUUCAUCUGUGAUCGGUCACAUCUUGCUGAUCGCUUACGACAUCUCAACAUACUCCCAUUUAUGUAUCUCACUCAAUAGAUUCUGCUCUAUUGUUGCUCCAAUCCAAUAUGAUACUAUAUUCAGCAUGUCUAAUACCAAGAAACUCAUCAUGUUCUCGUGGGCUUGCCUAACACAAAUUAAAGUCAUGGGUCGUCUAGCCGAAUUGGACAGUCUGACAUACGACUGGAUAUUUGACGACUGCAAGUUUUACUACAUUGACGACUUCUGGGUAUUCACAUUUUCCACGACUCCAGUCUGUGAAACUAUCGUUUGGUAUGCGGACUUUUUGAAAUACAACUCAAUCGUUCUCUCAAUUGUUAUCAUCGAUAUAAUCACUGUCUCAAAAGUCAGAAGCUUCAAGGUUCAUUUGUCAAGUACCUCCUCCCAAUCUCAUGCGAAGAAGCGAAGCGCCGAGAUGAACUUCUUGAAACAGGCGUGUCUUCAAGCAUUUGUCUUCGUUUGUGAACUCAUCACCUACUUUUUGAUUACCCCGAGAGUUGACGGAAGUGAGAGGUGGCUCAGAUUUUUCUUGUCGACGGUUGCAUGGGUUUGUGUGCAUAUGUUGGAUGGAAUCAUCACUCUUAGUUUCAAUAAAGAAUUCACCCAAACCAUUUUCCGUGGAAUAAAAAUCAAGGAUCUCUCUGGCUACUCAACUCGUCACCCUCAUACUGAAAACACAUCGAAUGCUGGGAGUAAAACUAAGCAUUGA